UUAAAGCUGUGUAACUCUUUUUUAGAGUGUUCUAAAGCUGAGUAAUUCCCCAAAUUCAGAAUAUGCAAAUACCUUGCAAAUCCAGUAUAAAAAAUGUCCCCAGUAUGUUAAUUGCCACGGAUUUCUAACCUAAUUUUUCCUUUGUAAUUUGUUGUUAAUUGUUCUGUGGGAAAAUGUCUCGAAAACGAGACAUUUCGAGGGAAGAAAUUGCGAAGCAAUUCCUGCUACCCGAACGUCAAUCGAAAAUCGACACGCUUCUAAGGCAGGACGGACAGGCCUACUGCAUCUGUCGCUCUUCGGACAGUUCGCGAUUUAUGAUAGCAUGCGACGCGUGCGAGGAGUGGUACCACGGCGACUGCAUCGGAAUUUCGGAACGCGAGGCGAAGCACAUCAAGCAGUACUUCUGCGUACGUUGCAUCGAGGAGGACUCCACCUUGCAGACGCGCUGGCGAACCAAACGCGACGACACCGGCAACAAGGACGAGUACCGCGUGCGGAAACGCAGAGAGCGCGGCGAGACCAAGUCCGAUAAGAAGAAUAAGAAGUGCGGCGAUUGCAUGGGAUGCUAUCGGACGGAUGAUUGCGGACGGUGCGACGUGUGCCUGCGGAAGUACAAGCACGGAGGCGGACGUCAGAAGGAGCGUUGCAAGCAGAGGAUCUGCGUGAAUUUCGGAGGAACUCGGGGGCGUCGGCGACGUCGCGACUCCGGUUCCGACAUCGAACAGCCGCCCAAUGCGCAUUUAAUGACCGACUAUCCUCGUCAGUGCUACGGACCAGGUUGCGUUAAUAGCGCUCGGUACGGUUCGAAGUACUGCUCCGAUACUUGCGGAGUUCGCUUGGCCACAAAUCGUAUUUACCAAGUGCUUCCGCAGCGUAUCCAGGAGUGGGCGUUAAGUCCGUGCGUUGCUGAAGAAAAGAACAUCAAGGCCUUGGACCAAGUACGUAAAAACCAGCUGGAGGUGCGUCAGAUUCUGCAGGAGCUCGACAAGCGACACAAGGAGCUCGAUUACAUCGUCGAGCGCGCAAAAAACGCCGUCAUCGAUUCGAAUUUAGACCAGGACAACGACGAGGAGGCCGAUCUGUCGACUUACUGCCUGACGUGCGGCCACGAGAUACACUCGCGCACCGCCAUCAAGCACAUGGAAAAGUGCUUCAACAAGUACGAGUCGCAGGCCUCCUUCGGUUCCAAGUUCAAAACACGAAUCGAGGGCAACAACAUGUUUUGCGACUUCUACAACGCCAACAACCGCACGUACUGCAAGCGUUUGCGCGUCCUGUGCCCGGAGCACUGCAAGGACCCGAAGGUCGGCGAUAACGAGGUGUGCGGGUGCCCGUUGGUCACCAACGUCUUCGACCUGACCGGCGAGUUUUGUCGCGCGCCCAAAAAGUCUUGCGGCAAGCAUUUCGUUUGGGAAAAGCUGAGACGUGCCGAGAUCGACCUAGAGCGAGUGCGCCAGUGGCUGAAGAUGGACGAGCUGCUCGAGAAGGAGCGCCACAUCCGCCAGAGCAUGGCCUCGCGCGCCGGCGUUCUCGCCUUGAUGUUGCACUCGACCUACAACCACGAGGUGAUGGAGGAAAUUACGAAGGCAAGCCAGCAGGAUCAAGCCGCCGUACAGUUGGAGUUGGCGAAACGUUUCAAGAAGCGAGAGAAACCUCGUCUGUAAAGUUCACGCUUCGGGGUUAUCUAUUUCACAAUAAUCUUAACAUUCUAAAGUGUAUUGACUUAACCUUACGAAACUAAUAAAUUAAAUUGAACACAAAUAAA